AUGUUGGAAGGGCUUGUGGCAGGCCUGAUCAACCGCUUUCUGGGCAUGUAUGUCCAGAACUUUGAUCCUGCCCAGCUCAAAGUCGGAAUUUGGUCUGGCGAUGUCAACCUAAAGAACCUCCAACUACGACGCGAAGCCCUCGAUCAGCUCAAGCUGCCCCUAAACGUCGUCGAAGGCCAUCUCGGAAACCUGACUCUCGUCAUCCCAUGGUCCAACUUGCGGGGAGCCCCCGUCAAGGUCUACAUCGAGGAUGUAUUCCUACUUGCCUCGCCAAAGGAGGAGGCCGAAUACAACGAGGAGGAGGAGGAGCGCAGGCGGCAACGCAUCAAGAUGGACAAGUUGGACUCGGCCGAGUUGCUCAAGGAAAGAUCGCAAGAAGGUCUCAGUCAAGAGGAACAGAAGCGGAGCCAAAGUUUCAUGGAGAGCUUUGCCACCAAGAUCGUCGACAAUCUCCAGGUUACGGUGAAGAACAUACAUGUGCGAUACGAGGACUCCAUAUCAGCACCAGGCCACCCUUUUGCGCUUGGAGUGACGCUCAAGGAAUUCAGCGCCGUCAGCACCGAUGGCGAGUGGCAGCCGGCCUUCAUCUCAGACUCGACCGGCACUACACAUAAGCUCGCAACCCUGGGGGCGUUGGCUGUGUACUGGAACACUGACGCAACCCUUCUUGGCACCGGCCGGGAGGCAACAACGCCAGGUGAAGAAGCACCUACUCAUCAGGAGAUUGCAGACAAGUUCAGGGCCCUAAUACCCGAGGACGACGAGAAGAACCAACCCCACCAUCAGUUCAUCCUGAAGCCUGUCAGCGGACAAGCCAAAAUCGAGCUGGACAAGUCGGGGAAGAUAACGGUACCAAAGUUCAAAGCAAAUCUACUAUUUGACGAGAUCGGACUAGUCCUUGAUGAUGACCAAUACCGAGAUGGUCUCAUGAUGGUUGAUCUGUUUCAUUACUUCAUUAGACACCAAGAGUACAAGAAAUAUCAGCCAAAAGGCGUCACUCCCAAGGAAGAUCCCAGGGCCUGGUUCAAGUUUGCUGGGGACGCGGUGCUCGCCAAAAUCCAUGAGCGUAAUCGACGCUGGUCAUGGGAGUACUUCAAAGAGCGCCGAGACGAUCGACUGCGGUACAUAGAGCUUUUCAAAAAGCGGAAGCAGAAUCCCAAUCUUGACCCUGACGAUCAUGAUGAAAUCACGCGGCUUGAGUGGAAACUUGAUUAUGAAGACCUUCGGUUCUGGAGAUCCCUUGCUCGCAAUCAGCUCAAGAAAGAGAAUGCUGCUGCCCUCAGAAAUCAGCCCAAAAAGGCAGAGCCCCAGCAGCAAGGGUGGCUCUCCUGGGUCUGGGGGGCCAAGCCAGAUGCUGAACAACAACCUGCAAAUGAUGACGAAAAUACCAAGAUCACGGAGGAGCAGCGCAAAGAGCUAUACGAAGUCAUUGACUGGGACGAGAAAACUGCACUCGCCGAGUCGAUCGAUGAACCCCGUGAGACCGUUAAGCUGCAGAUCGAAGCAUCCCUUAGUACUGGAAGCUUGACACUAAAGCAAAAUCCCCACGGUGAUUCUCGGGAUCUCGUCAGUCUUCACUUUGACCUGUUCAAAGCCAAGGCCCUGAAAAGGGUAGACUCGGUAUUCCUUGAUCUUGGCCUCGGCGGCCUUCGUGUGAACGACGGAACAACUCCCGAUACAUUCUUCCCAGAGAUUGUGAGAGUCAAAGAUGCCCCGAACAACAGAAGGAGAAAGCGGCUCUCCAUUGUAGAGCUUGAAGAUCAUAGCGAGGAAGCAUUCUUUAGACUUCAAGUCGAGCAGAACCCGCUCGAUGCCCAAGGUGACAUUGCUGUCACGGCAAAGCUCAACCCACUCGAAAUCGUGUGGAACCCGAACAUUGUUGUUGGUGUGGUGGACUUCUUUAGGCCACCAGAAAGGCAUAUGGAGUCCAUCACUGCUCUGAUGGAGUCUGCAGGAGCGACAGUCGAGGGGCUCAGAGAGCAGACCCGGGCCGGUCUUGAAUUUGCUCUCGAGGAGCACAAGACCAUCAACGCCAAACUGGAUUUGCAGGCACCCUUGAUAAUAAUCCCACAAAGCAUUACCCAAGAGAGGUCAACAUGCGUGAUCCUUGACGCUGGUCACAUCAGCGUCAACAGUGAACUUGUCGACAAGGAGAGCAUGAAGCAGAUACAAUCCAAGCAAAGCCAAACUUAUACAGACGAGGACUACAAGAGGCUUGAGUCUUUGAUGUAUGACAAGUUCAUUGUCAAGCUUACAUCUACACAACUUUUGAUCGGCCCAUCGAUUGACGAGACCAAAACCCAGCUUAUGGAAAGGGACGAGUCCAAGAUGAUGCAUGUGGUUGACAAGAUCAAUGUGGAUUUUGUGGUGGCGAUUUCGAUUCUUCCCAAAGCUCCGAACCUUACCCGGAUGAAAGUAUCCGGCCACAUGCCAGUGCUUCACGCUGUGGCAUCAGAUACCAAGUACAAAACCCUCAUGCAAAUCAUCAAUGUCGCAAUACCAAAGCUCGGGGAUGAGCCGGAAUCGACGAUGCCGGCAGAGGACAAACCGCAACCGAAAAGGCCUCGACUUUCUAGCAAAGUCUCCAGUCGCUCGGGAGUCAGGAAGUCGCAUCACCGAAAGUCUUCACAAUUCCUCAACUUUGCACCACAACAGCAGACAGCUAUAGUUCUUGAUGAUUCCAUAGACGACGAAGACGAGUUUGAGGAUGCUAGUGAGGGAUCCACCAAACAGCAGCUCAAGAUGCAGCAAAGAACCUUUGAGUUCAAGUUCGCCGUCGAUGAGCUGCGUGGAUCUUUGUAUCGAAGUGAUCCGGAGCGCAAGAAGCCGGAUGCGCUCCUUGUUGAGCUUGUGGCUCAAAACUUCGAUCUGGAAUUCUUCAUAAGACAGUUUGACAUGGUCGCAGAAGUAUCCCUAGGCAGCGUCACGGUCGAUGACUUUGUUGAUAACCCCCCUGCCGAGUUCAAGUCAAUAGUAUCAUCGGGAGACGUUGAGGACCGUAAACAAAAAAGAGAGCUUGUUCACGUCAAAUAUGUCAAGGUCAAGAAAGAGUCGCCCGAGUUCAUGUCUGUGUAUGACGGUGUUGAAACCAAUGUCAACGCAGCGAUUUCUACCAUCAACCUGAUCGUCACCAGGAAGACCUUGUUGACGUUGCUGGAUUUUAUUUUGAUCACGUUUGCGCCGGGUAACAACGACAACAACGCAAACACCCAGCAGAAAGCCAUAAGCCCCGAUGGUUCCGCAGUGGACAUUGUUGUCGACCCGCCAGCUGGGCAGCAGCCACAACAAGGAGGCGCUAUCCGGGUAAAGGUGGAUCUCAAGAGUAUCAGAAUGAUUCUCAAUAAUGAUGGGAUACGCCUGGCGACUCUCUCUUUCAAUCAGGCCGAUGUUGGGGUAUUUCUUCUGGGCAAGACCAUGCGCGUCUCAACCAAGCUGGGUGACCUGUCUCUCGUAGACGAUGUUAACCAGGGUGUCUCUGAAGAGUCAAGCCUUCGCAAGCUUGUCACUAUCCAAGGUGAUGACCUCGCAGAUUUCCGGUACGAAACUUUCGAUGUCGAGUCAAAGUCAUAUCCAGGGCACGAUUCUUUCAUUUAUCUACGGGCUGGUUCAGUCAAGAUCAACUUUAUGGAGGAACCCUUCAGGAAAAUUAUCGACUUCCUUGUUAAAUUCGGUAAAAUGCAGGCCAUAUUCAACGCGGCGAGACAAGCUGCAGCCAAUCAAGCCAAUCAGUUGCAGCAGGGCAACAGUCGGAUAAAAUUUGACGUCGUCGUCAAGACGCCAAUUGUGGUCUUCCCCAGGGUUGUAAUGCCAAGCCAGCCUAAACGGGAUCUCAUGACGGCCUACCUGGGUGAGAUCUACGCUCAGAACAAGUUUGCACCAUUGGAUGAUUCAGAAAACUCAGAGGUAGUACAGAAGUUGUCUGUCGGCAUACGGAACAUUCGCUUGACGUCGCUCUUCCACUAUCCGGAAGAUGUGACGGAGGAGCUGGAGUUGAUUGAUCAUGUCGACUUAGCCUUCAAGAUGACAUAUGCCGAACACAGGGAUGGCGCAAAACGACCAGAUCUUGAGAUUGAGGGACACAUGACGGAUUUCAAUCUGCGCAUCACGCAAUAUCAACUCAAGUUCCUACUUGAAAUCUCACGAUCAGUCCCAGCCGCAUUUGCUGGCGAUCCGGAUCAAUCGGUUGACGAGGCCGUGGAGCAGCAAGUCGACAAUUCUACUCUGCAAAAUGCUCGCAGUCAAUCAGAAGAAAGAAGCAAUUCGGGAGACAACCAACCGGUAGACCUCUCCCCUGAACUGGGCUCGCAAGCCGAGACCUGGACACGACUUGAUCUUGUGUUUGUUGUACACACUAUCGGGUUGGAACUGCUCAACGGUGCAGAGAACCGCCCGAUUGGCGACAGUGAGAAGGCCAGUCUUUCGCGCUUCUCGCUGGACGACAGCAAGCUCAAAACACGUAUCCAAUCCAACAACGCCUUGGAGGCCGAGUUUGUGAUCCACUCGUUCACAAUCCACGACAGCCGGCCCGGUGAGACAAACAAGUUCAGGAAGAUUAUGACAUCGCGCAAUAAGAACGUGCAACAGUUCAUGGCAAGCGUAUCGAUGACCGGCGGCGAUAAGCGAGACGUUAUUGCCCUAGUAGCCAUUGACAACCCGCGUGUCAUUUUUGCCUUGGACUAUUUGUUUACUAUUCAAAGAUUUGUCACAACCGCGUUGACAGUUGAGGAGCCCCAUGUCAUCGAGGAGCUACAAAGUCCUAUUGAGACUCCAGACGAAUCGGAUGCAGACUCGAUGCAAGUCACCUACUCUGGCCAGAGGUCAGGGAGACCCAGCACCAGUACCGAAAGAGGACAAGCAGCCAAAGGACCCGAAAACGCCGUGCCAAUGAACCUGGCAUUCCGUGUGAACGUCGUCGAUGCGCAGGUUAUCCUGAUUGCGAACCCUCUGAGUGCAAGCUCAGAGGCAAUUGUUCUGGGAACCAAGCAAGUCUUGAUAUCGAAACAGCAUGCCCUAACGCUGCAAGUUUCCGAGAUUGGCAUGUUCCUGUGCCGCAUGGACAAGUUUGAGGAAUCUCGACUGCGGAUCAUUGAUGACUUUAGCAUCAGGACCUCAAUGGAUACCUCUAUCGAGAACCAGACCAACAUCCACAUCGACAUUGAGCCACUCAUCCUACGUCUCGCGCUGCGCGAUAUCCUGGUCGCUCUGCAAAUCAUUGCCAAGGCUUCGGAGCUGUCGGGCAACGAUGAGCCUAGUCCUAAAGUUGGCACGGCAGACGCAAAGGCAAAAGAAUUGCGCCAAGCAGGUUUGAAGCAGCGUACAGCUAGUGGUAAAGGCCGUUCAACAAUUGCUGCAAACAAGACAAAGUCUGGCACAGUCGCCCCUAGCACCAGAAGCCAGCAAGGACAGAGGAGUGGCGGUGUUCAUGAUAUUUCGAAGCCUCAAGUCAGGCGCGAAGAGCUCACUGCUACGAUUGAAGGCAUCCGUGUCGUGCUGAUAGGGGACCUGCACGAACUGCCCAUCAUGGAUCUCAGCAUUAAGGAUUUCACAACAAGCGCCGAGGAUUGGUCCAGCAACCUCAAAGCUGAGACAGCAAUCGAAAUGUACAUUAACGUGUAUAACUUUUCCAAGUCCGCUUGGGAGCCUCUCCUGGAGCCUUGGAAAGUCGGAUUCGGCGUUGCAAAGAAUCCCGAGUCAGGAUUGCUAUCAAUCGAUGUGGCUUCGAAGCAAAUAUUCGAUGUGACCAUCACUACAUCUACAAUUGCACUCGCUUCCAAAUCCAUCGAGUAUCUUAGAAGGGAUGAGGAUGUGCUCGGAAAGCCAAGAGGAGUGGAGGCCCCAUACCGACUUUGCAACUACACGGGGUUCGACGUUGUUGUCACUGCAAAGAACCCGACAUCGAAUGAAAACAUCACCCUCAGAUUGGAAGAGGGCCAAGAAGCACCAUGGAGCUUUGAGGAUUGGGAGAAAAUGCGUGAGAGUCUCAUGACAGAGAGCAGUUCAAGCAGCGUGGCCGUUCAACUCGAGGGGAGCGGGUUCGAUCCUGUCAAGAACAUCCGCCUCAACCGCGAGGGUGAAUUCUUGUAUGGACUCAAGCCCAAAGCCGACAAGGUCCUCCACCGCAUGCUUGUCGAGGUGUCUCUAGGAAAUGACAAUGUGAAAUAUGUCACGCUGCGGUCGCCACUUUUGGUCGAAAACCAAACUCAAAUACCGGUUGAGCUUGGUGUAUAUGAUGCCCAGGAUGGUCACCUCCUCAAGAUUGAAAAGAUAGCCCCCGGUGAGGCGAGACCAGCCCCGGUGGGCGCAGUGUUCCUCAAGAGCCUCCUCGUGCGACCAGAUUCGGGCUUUGGGUACCAGUGGUCUUCAGAAACCCUAUGGUGGAAGGACCUGCUGAAGAGGCCGACACGAACAAUGGUUUGCAAGGGCGAGCAGGGCGACCCGUUUUAUUUCCAAGUUCAUGCGUCCUAUGAUAAGACCAACCCACUGACAAGUGUGUACCCCUAUAUGCGCGUGAAGCUUUCGGCCCCAGUUGUAUUGGAGAAUCUACUGCCCUACGAUUUCAAGUACCGAAUCUACGACAAGAAUACCAAGAAAGACUGGACAAACUUCCUUAGGAAAGGAGGUGUGAGCCCAGUUCAUGUCGUUGAACUAUCUCAUCUUCUACUCUUGAGCAUAGAUAUGCAGGACACAGUCUUCAAGCCCAGUGACUUUGCCAUCAUCAACUCGGGACAAAGCGAGGAAUACAAAAAAGAGACAGCCCUGACAUGCAGGGACGAGCAAGGACUUGUGUUGAACCUCAAGAUGCACUACUACCGGAUACCCAAUGGAGGUGGUGCUUUCAAGGUCACUGUGUACAGCCCUUAUGUCAUACUCAACAAGACGGGUCUCGAUAUCAACAUCAAGUCCAAAGGAUUCAUGCAACAUGCCAAGGCGGCUGCCGGUGGGCCAGGGCAAGGACGACAGUCGCUCAUUGACGUCUCUGACAAUGAGCGUCUCAAGGCACUCCCCAUCAUGUUUUCUUUUGGCAACGAUGAUCAACGCAAUCGUGCUAUGCUCAAGGUGGGCGAUUCGGAAUGGAGCAAAGGUCAGAGUUUCGAUGCUAUUGGUAGCACUUCGGAUGUUGUGCUCCAAUCUACGAGCCGAAAUGCAGAGAUACAUGUCGGUAUCUCGGUGCAGUCUGGCGAGGGUAAAUACAAGAUGACCAAAGUUGUCACCUUGGCACCAAGGUUCAUUGUGCAGAACAAGAUGGGCGAAGAGAUCAACAUCAGAGAGCCAAGCUCGUCCAGCCUCAUGUCACUGCAAAAAGACGCACUGCAGCCACUGCAUUUCCUGCAGAGGACAUCUGUCAAACAGCUGUGUCUUUGCUACUCGGGCGUCAACAACCAGUGGAGUGCGCCUUUCAAUAUAUCCGACAUUGGCACCCAGCAUGUCAAGAUUGCGCGGGCUGGGCAUAGACAGCAACUGGUUCGGGCAGAGGUCCUGAUGGAAGAUGCCACCAUUUUUGUUACGCUGAGCAAGGAAACCAAGAACUGGCCCUUCUCGAUGCGCAACGAAAGCGAUACCGAGUUUACCUUUUAUCAGGCCAAUCCCAAUAUGGACGAGGAUGGUGCCGAGGACCGAUCAGGCUGGCGACAGAUAAGAUACCGCCUGCCACCCCGUAGCAUCAUGCCGUACGCCUGGGAUUUCCCUGCCGCGAAACACAAGGAAGUGGUAAUCAGUGCGAAUGGCAAGGAGCGGCAUGUGAAACUUGCCGAGAUUGGUAACCUGGUGCCCAUGAAGUUCGUGGCAGCGUCAGGGCAGGCAAAGAUCAUCGACAUCAACGUUGCCGCCGACGGCCCAACGCAGAGUCUUAUUUUGAGUAACUUCAAGCAGUCCAAGAGUUUGUACCGGCAAAAGUCGCAUCUGCAUCGCAGCAAUACGGCUUCAAGCAGCACAACCGAUGCCGGGUUCGAGGUCAAGAGUCAAGAUUUGGGAACCACGUUCCAGGCUCAGCUCAAGCUGGCAGGCAUAGGGGUCUCGCUGAUAACCUCGCAGCUCAAAGAGCUGGCUUAUAUCACGCUACGUGACGUGGAACUCAAGUACAGCGAGUCGCCGCUAUACCAAACCGUCAGUCUCGCGGUCAAGUGGAUACAGAUUGACAAUCAGCUAUUCGGGGGCAUAUUCCCCAUGGUGCUAUACCCAAGUGUGGUUCCUAAGCGUGCGCAAGAGAUCGACGCGCACCCGUCGCUGCACGCGCAAGUCACUCGGGUGAAGGACGAUUCGUAUGGCGUGCUGUACAUCAAGUACGCCACGGUCUUGCUGCAGCAAAUGACGGUCGAUUUAGACGAGGAUUUUGUCUAUGCCGUUCUUGACUACUCCAAGGUACCUGGGACUGUUUGGACGAUCGAGGAAGAGGAUGGAACUCUUUGCGACGACAAUCUCGACAUACCAAGGCCGCAACAGCAGCAAGCCGCUCAGGACAUCUACUUUGAAUUGCUCAACAUUCAGCCAAUGCAGCUUGAUUUGUCCUUUGUGCGCACUGAGCGGAUCAACGCAGAGGACAAGACUUCGUCACGCAACCCACUGAUGUUCUUCCUCAACGUCAUGACUAUGGCGAUAGGCAACGUCAAUGAUGCACCGCUUCGCUUGAAUGCCUUGAUGUUGGAGAACGUGCGUGUUUCGAUACCUCUGCUGGUACAAAACGUUUCCAAUCAUUACAGUCAAGAAGCGCUCUACCAGGUGCACAAGAUCUUGGGAUCGGCCGAUUUCCUGGGCAAUCCUGUGGGCUUGUUCAACAACAUCUCAUCAGGUGUUGCCGACGUGUUUUACGAGCCAUACCAGGGACUGAUCAUGUCAGAUCGUCCCGAGGAUAUUGGUGUGGGCUUGGCGAGGGGAGCUGCGUCGUUUGCCAAGAAGACGGUAUACGGCUUCUCAGACUCGUUCUCGAAAUUCACAGGAGCCAUGUCAAAAGGUCUCGCGGCCGCCACCUUGGACAAGCAGUUCCAGGAUCGAAGACGCAUCACGCGUGCACGCAACCGACCCAAGCAUGCCCUGUAUGGGGUCACGGCUGGUGCGAAUUCAUUGUUCACCAGUGUUGCUUCUGGUGUAGGGGGACUGGCAAGGAAGCCUCUUGAAGGUGCAGAGCAGGAGGGCGCGCUAGGUUUCUUCAAAGGCGUGGGCAAGGGAGUGCUGGGCUUCACAACGAAACCGGUUAUCGGUGUGUUGGAUCUUGCAUCCAACGUAUCCGAAGGCAUACGGAAUACAACGACCGUGUUUGACGGGUCAGAACUUGACAGGGUGCGUCUCACUCGAUUCAUAUCCAAGGACGGAAUCGUGCGGCCGUACAGCCAACGCGAAGCUCUAGGACAAUCAUGGCUCAAGCAGGUUGACAACGGCAAAUACUUUGAUGAGGAGUACGUUGCUCAUCUUGAGCUACCACGCGAGGACGUUGUGGUAAUGGUGACGUACAGCAGGAUCCUGUUAAUCAGGAGUCGUCGGCUUACGACUGAAUGGGACAUACCACUCAAGGAUGUGCAGACGAUCAGCAAGGAGCGGACGGGACUCAGCCUUGUGCUUCGAGGUGGGCAGAACGGGCCAUUCAUUCCAGUUGGGGAGGAGAGCGGACGGGCGUUCCUGUACAGGAGCGUCGCCAUUGCGGUGGAGGAAUUUAAUCGGCGCUUUAGAGCGUUGGAGUAG